AUGGCGUUCAACAAUCAGGGCUUUGGUACUGCCGGACAGAAUUUCGCAAGUGGAUUCACACAACAACAAGGAUUCGGAGGUCAGGCGGGUAAUUCCACCAGUCAAACUGGGUUUGGCUUUGGACAACAGGCCGGAUUCGGAAACCAGAAUGGAUUCGGUUUUGGGCAAGCUGGUUUCGGACAGGGUGGUUUUGGUAACCAGGCCGGCUUCGGAGCUCAAGGUGGUUUUGGACAAACCGGUUUUGGGCAAGGUAACUUUGGUAACCAGACCGGCUUCGGACAAAGUGGUUUCGGUCAAACCGGUUUUGGACAGGGUGGCUUCGGUGGUUUCGGCGCCCAAUCGGCUGCUUUCAAUCAAGGUUUCGGUGGGCAGUUCGGACAGGCUGGCUUCGGACAGGCUGGCUUCGGACAGGCUGGCUUCGGACAGGCUGGCUUCGGGCAGGCAGGUUUCGGGCAGGCAUCUGGUUUCGCAGGUUUUGAGAACGGCAAUAACUUCAACAACCGGAACAACAAUUUCUCAUCUUUUGCGAAUGCUAACCGCUCGGUUAUUUUUUGA